CGUCCAUGUCAGUGUCACACAACAACAAUCCUGAGAGGCGUAUAGGUUCGUAGCUUCUUGAAGUGGUUAAGAGCGUUUAUAUUUGCUCUUGGGGUUUGUGUUCGAACCUCUGCUCCGAUAUCGUAUAAGAAAAAGAAUUCAAAGAAGCAUCAUUUCUUCGGGAAGAAGAUGGAGGGUGAGAUUGGAAACUUCGUCAAGGUAUGGCUCUCAGUUUACCUAUCUCUAUGUUACUGCUAUGCAAUUGCUAAGUUUGUGCCAAAAGGAGUUCCAAGACUUUUGCUCAUAAUUCCGAUCGUGUCCCUCUUCUUAUACCUCCCUCUCCACCUCUCCUCCCUCCAUCUCGGCGGCACCACCGCUUUCUUCAUUUCUUGGCUUGCAAACUUCAAGCUCUUGCUUUUCGCUUUCGGCAAAGGCCCUCUCUGCUCCGACCCUUCGAUAUCUCUUCUCCGUUUCGUGGCGGUUGCUUGCUUACCCAUCAAAAUUCAGCAAAACCAGUAUUCAAAAACCCAAAACAAAGAAAACCCAGCCCCGAAAAUAACCAAAAAUGGAACAAAAUCCCCAUUAAACUACGCAGUUAAAGGCCUAUUGUUUGCCUUGUUGGUUAAGCUAUAUGACUACAAAGAGCACAUUCAUCCAAAGCUCUUAUGGAUCAUGUAUUGCUUCCACAUAUACUUCGCCUUGGAAAUAAUCCUAGUCAUCGCCGCCACGUUGGCUCGAGCGCUUCUGGGGCUGGAGCUUGAGCCCCAAUUCGACGAGCCUUACCUCUCGUCCUCGCUCCAGGACUUCUGGGGUAGGCGAUGGAACAUCAUGGUCACCAGCAUCCUGCGCCCAACCGUGUAUGAGCCUAUCCUCGCGCUAGCAACUCGUGUGGUCGGGCGCAGGUGGGCUACUCUCGCAGGCGUGAUGGGGACGUUUUUGGUGUCCGCAAUCAUGCACGAGCUCAUAUUCUACUACCUGGGCAGGACGCGGCCCACUUGGGAGAUCACGUGGUUCUUCCUCCUCCACGGGGCGUGCUUGGUGGCUGAGAUCGGCGUCAAGAAGGCGGUCGGGAAACGGAAGAAGCUGCAGCUGCCGAGGUCAGUGUCCGGGCCGUUGACCGUCGCGUUUGUGAUGGCCACCGUGUUUUGGCUCUUCUUUCCUCCUCUGCUGCGGUGUAAGGCGGACGUGAGGGCAUUGGAGGAGUACGCGGCUGUUGGCGCGUUUGUGAAGAAUAUCGGCCAUGCUUUCGCUUCUACAGCGGUGAACGCAACAGCGACAAUAACAAGAACCUCGUAAUAAAAGCAGACUUGUGGUGGUAGUUUUAGGCUUUUAAAAAAUCAAAUAGAAGACGCUGAUGUAGUUAAAUUGUAACCGUUAAAAUAAGAAGAAAGAGAAUAAGAGAAAGAUUAGGAGGGGAGUGCGGUUGACAUUGUUUUAACUAAAGCUACAACCCCAUUCGAUCAGUCGGCUUCAUUCUUGUCCUGGUAAUAACUUCUCAAGUUAUGUAAAGAGCAAGUUUUUUUUUUUUUUUUU